AUGAGUUGGAGAAAGCCAUGCUUUUAUUUAGGAGAUAAAAGUAGUGUUUUCUUUAAGCGUGCACUGAGUUGGGCAGGCUGCCCUCUCUUGCCUUUCCCCACACUCCUUCACUACUUCCCGCUUGCUGGCGAGCUCACCUACCUCCUCUACUCGGGUAACGUAGUCAUCGACUGCUCCCCUGCCGCCAACGGCCCCGGCGUCGCCUUCCUCGAGGCGGAGGCAGAAGGCGACCUCGGCUUCCUCGCCAACUCCGAAGUCCAUGACCACAGCGCCUUCCUCCGCCUCGUGCCGGAGCUCGACGUGAGGGAACUCCCCGCGCCGUUGUUCGCCGUGCAGGUGACGAGGUUCUGUGGACCCCAGGGGGUGGAUAGCGUGGCAGUGGGGUUUGCCGCUCACACCGCGGUGGUGGAUGGUCGGGCCCUCUGGAGGUUCGUGGAGGCGUGGACGGCGGAGUGCCGUGGGGAUGCGGACCUGCCGCCGCCGACGAUAGAACGGGCGGUUAUCGGACGCCCGAGGAGCCAGGGGAUUCUUGCAUCAGGCGGCGCCCUACGACGGAGGUGA